UAGUGUGCUUUUCAAAGCAAAAGAAAAGAGGAUUUGACCAAAAUAUGCCUUGUUACCUAACAGAAUGAAAAUGGAAUAAGCAAUCACCGCAAAAAGAGAAGAUUAGCAGUUGAAAGGAGAAAGGAGCUACCUCUUCCCCUUCAAAGACAUGGCAAGACUAGGCUUUUUCGUACUAGUUUUCUCCUUUGCCCUUUACGGGGCUGGCGUUGCUGCAUCUGCUUCUACUAGCAAUUCAAGCACAACAGACUACAUCGUGGCAUCGUGCAAAGCCACAAGGUAUCCUGCAGUAUGCGUUGAAUGCUUGUCAGGUUAUGCUAGUUUGAUUCGACAAAAUGAGCAACACCUUGCUCAAACUGCCUUAUCAGUCAGCUUAUCCAGGGCUCAAUCAGCUGCAGCUUUUGUUGCCAAGAUGACCCAAGUGAGGGGCAUCAAGCCUAGAGAGCGUGAAGCUGUGAAAGACUGUACAGAAAACAUGGGAGAUAGUGUAGACCGACUUAGCCGGUCAGUCAAGGAAUUCGGCCAAAUGGGACGAGCAGUUGGUCAGGACUUCAUGUGGCACAUGAGCAACGUGCAGACAUGGAUCAGUGCUUCACUAACAGAUCAGAAUACUUGCCUUGAUGGCUUCGCAGGCAGCGUCAUGGAUGGAAACAUUAAGGCUGCAAUAAGGCGCAGGGUCAUCAAUGUUGCUAAAGUUACCAGCAAUGCGCUUGCAUUAGUGAAUCGCUUUGCGGCCAGGCACCGAGCUGCUGCUGCUGCAUCUACUGAGAAACCUUAGAUUCAACCUGGUGAGUCAUCUGGUUUAUGCAUAAAUGGAUUGUACGUAACAAUAUCAUAUGGCGAGUCCAAAUCUAAGCUAAAAAAAAAAAAAAAUCUUCCUUGCCUUGUAUGAUAUUAAAGUUUUCUAUUAUGUAUAAUGAAUUAAGCGUGAAUGAACUCUUUUCUUUUCUUUUAUGAAUUAAA